AUGGAACACAAGAAACGGCCCAUCAGCAAGAUCUUUUUACAUCAGAAGGUGCUCCACUUGGAAAGCUCUAUGCAAGAUAUAAGAGCCCAGCUAGUCAAGCUACAAUCAGGACGUGACUCAACGCAGCAAAGUGUCGUCGAGCAGAGUGCUUCUCCUCAAGCAUCAACAAACAGUCGUGUGUUGAUGGACGAGAUCGAGCCCGCGGAUCAACAUGUUCAUGCUGCUCCAGCUGAAGUUAUCCGGCGUGUCGCCUGCCAGGUGACUGGCGACUUGAGAAGAGCUUUCCACACAAAAGAGGAUGUUGUACGCAUGGGUAUGCUUAACGCCACAACUGCUGAGACCCUUGUCAAAUCGUAA